GAUUUAUAGAUAAAAUAGAGACUUCGUUCUAUUGGUUACAAAAUUUAUCAGUGACUAGUGUCUAUUAUCGCUAAGGAAUAAAUACAAGUUAAUUCUGAUCGUUGCCCUUGUUCUUUUUUUUUUUUUUUGGAAAAUCUACAAAAUAACAUUUAUCACACUGGUCUAAUUUAAUUCAAGCUGUUAAUAUUUUCGUAAAAAAUGAUAUGCCCCAGAUGUAUUAGUUACGUACAAGCUACAAAAUUGGAUUUAAAACGAUAUAAUAUACAAGGCAUUAUUCAUCGACUCGAUUGUAUAAAAUGUAAUCAAUUUGUAGCUAUAAAAGUGAAUGAUGAUAUUUUAAAUAUAGAUAAUAGUUUUAAUGAUAAAUAUGAAAACAAUUGGAGCGAGAUGAAAACCAAUCAAGAGAGAAUAAUUUAUUAUAUAUUGUGUCAAAUAAUUUAUGUUGAAUUUGAUACUCCAAAACCGGAAAAAUUGGAGACACCAUACGAUUAUGCUGAUAAAUUUGAUAUAGUUUUGAUUAGAUGGGAAAACGGAAAACCCAUUGGUUUUUAUACUGUUAAACCUAAAGGUACUGAAGUUUAUUCGACUAAAGAAAAAUAUACGAUGCCUGUAUUAGAUACGGCAUAUAUUCGAUCGGCAUAUAGAAAUAAAGGAUUUGGUUCAGAAAUUUUAUUGGAUAUAAUUAAACGUUUUCCAGACGAGGAUAUUGGAUUUUCUAAACCAAUUUCUAACACUAUGCUAAAAUUAUUAAAAAAUUUUCUAAGAAAUUACAAAGAAUAUAGAUUACGUUUUUGGGAAAUAGCCGAUUGGGACAUCUGUGGUUCACAGAAAUUAAUAUGGUUUAGUGUAAAAGAUAAAUUUCUUUAACGAAGAAUAUUUUGAUUUUAUUCAAAAUGCAAAGUUAUUUGAGUAUUAUAAUAAAAUAUU